CCUCAGAUCCAUCACCGACUCGUGCAUCUAGCUCUCCACUUCUAUCUCUCUUGCGCCACUUGCAGAUACUUUCAGUGCUCAAGCGGGCGAACCAGCACUACUCGUGUUCGUCGUGGAGAAACAAACUGAUAAAAGCUUCCAAGUUCUGAUCUUUUCACUGAAAUUCCCGUUUGCUACAAGACUUCAAUACAAGUCUCAAAAAUCCUUGCACCUUAACUCUACAACUAUUGAUAUUUCCGUUUGCAUCUAACUAAGGCUGGAUUUCAAAUGCCUGUUUAAUCAGAUCCAAAGAGCGCUCCCGCCACCACUAGCGUCAAAUGGGACAUUUGAAUCUGCCUGCAUCCAAACGAAACCCUAGGCAAUGGAAGCUGCUCGAUCUCGUAUCCGCUGUUUUCUUCGGCUUAGUGUUUCUCUUCUUCCUUCUCGUCUUCACUCCUCUAGGUGAUUCUCUUGCUGCCUCCGGCCGCCAGGCUCUUCUGCUCUCCACGUCGGAUCCGCGGCAGCGCCACCGUCUUGUGGAGCUCAUUGAGACCGGUCGCCAUCCUCAGCCAAUCGAGGCAUGUACUGCGGAUGCUGUUGAUCAUAUGCCUUGUGAGGAUCCCAGGCGCAAUAGCCAACUGAGUAGAGAGAUGAAUUUCUACAGAGAGCGUCACUGCCCGCUGCCCGAUGACACCCCUCUCUGCUUGAUCCCACCCCCCAAUGGCUAUAGGAUUUCGGUCCAGUGGCCCCAGAGUUUGCAUAAGAUAUGGCAUGCCAACAUGCCACACAACAAAAUUGCGGACAGGAAAGGCCAUCAAGGAUGGAUGAAAGAAGAAGGUGAAUACUUUGUUUUCCCUGGUGGUGGUACAAUGUUUCCUGAAGGAGCCGUACCAUAUAUUGAAAAACUUGGACAGUAUAUCCCUAUAAGUGGAGGAAUUUUGAGGACUGCCCUUGACAUGGGAUGUGGGGUUGCUAGUUUUGGAGGGUAUUUGCUGAAGGAAGGGAUUUUAACUCUCUCAUUUGCUCCUCGAGAUUCACACAAAUCACAGAUACAAUUUGCUCUGGAAAGAGGAAUUCCUGCAUUUGUUGCUAUGCUUGGCACUCGGAGACUUCCUUUUCCUGCUUUCUCAUUUGACUUGGUGCACUGCUCUCGAUGUUUGAUCCCCUUUACAGCAUACAAUGCAACGUACUUCAUGGAGGUGGAUCGAUUACUUCGCCCUGGAGGAUAUCUAGUCAUCUCUGGCCCUCCUGUACAGUGGGCAAAACAAGACAAGGAAUGGGCAGAUCUGCAAGGAGUGGCAAGAGCAUUAUGUUAUGAGUUGAUUGCCGUGGAUGGAAACACUGUCAUCUGGAAAAAGCCUGAUGGAGAUUCAUGCCUGCCCAACCAAAAUGAAUUUGGACUUGAACUAUGUGAUGAAACAGAUGAUCCAAAUUAUGCCUGGUAUUUCAAAUUAAAGAAAUGUGUGAGCAGGACAUCUUUUGUCACGGGGGAAUUUGCUCUUGGGACAAUUCCUAAGUGGCCAGAUAGGGUAGCAAAAGCGCCUUCAAGGGCCAUGCUUGUGAAAAAUGGGUUGGAUUUGUUUGACGCUGACACACGGCGUUGGGCGAGGAGGGUGGUAUACUAUAGGAACUCAUUGAAUGUGAAGCUAGGAACUCAAGCCAUACGCAAUGUCAUGGACAUGAAUGCAUUUUUUGGGGGUUUUGCAGCAGCUCUUGCAUCUGAUCCUGUAUGGGUGAUGAAUGUUGUUCCAGCGGGCAAGCUGUCAACACUGGGUGUAAUUUAUGACCGGGGCCUUAUUGGACUCUACCAUGAUUGGUGCGAGCCUUUCUCAACAUAUCCUCGUACUUAUGAUCUCAUUCAUGUAACCAGCAUUGAAUCGCUGAUAAAGAGCCCAGGUUCAAGCAAGAACAGGUGUAACCUUGUAGAUUUGAUAGUGGAAAUGGAUAGAAUAUUACGUCCCGAAGGAACUGUUAUAAUUCGCGAUACUCCUGAAGUGAUUGACAAAGUGGUUUACAUAGUUCGAGCUGUAAGGUGGACAGCUGAGACACAUGAGAAGGAACCUGAAUCACAUGCGAGAGAGAAAAUUCUUGUUGCAAGGAAAACCUUUUGGAAGCUUCCUUCAGCAUCUCACUGACACUUUUGUUCUUUGUAAUGUAACAAUUUUCACCCCCUGUUAAUUCUUAUAUUUGAGUCAAUGUGUAAUCUGCAUGCAUAAAAUGGUUGCAUGCAGAUUCCUUUCUUGCUCUUCAUUGGGUUUAUAUAUAUAUAUAUAUAUAUAUAUAUCAAAAGAUCGCAGGUAAAUUCAUAGAUGGAAAAACAAGCAGUUUUUAUGUUUAGAAUAGGCAUGUUUGCAGCAAUUAUAAUUUCAUAUUCGUGCGUA